AUGGUGAAGGAGACAAAAUUAUACGACCAACUCGGCGUCUCGCCGGAUGCCACUCAAGAUGAGAUCAAGAAAGGUUAUCGAAAAGCAGCCUUAAAGUGGCAUCCCGACAAGAACAAAGAUAACCCCGCCGCCGCUGAAAAGUUUAAAGAGUGCUCGCAAGCCUACGAGAUCCUCUCCGACCCCGAAAAACGUAAGACCUACGAUCAAUUCGGCCUUGAGUUUCUACUACGCGGCGGUGCUGCCCCGCCGCCCGGCGAGAACCCCUUCGCCGGAGCCCAAGGUGGCAUGCCUGGUGGCUUCCAAGGCUUCGACUUUGGCGGUGGUAUGCCGGGGGGAGGAGGCGCUCGGACAUUCCGCUUUACCACCAAUACUGCCGGAGGCAACCCCUUCAACUUCAGUGCACCCGAAAGUAUAUUUGCCGAAUUUAUGCGCGGUAGCGGAGGGGGUCUAGGCAAAGACGAUGACGAACCCGAUCUCAGCUCGUUCUUCGGUGGGGGCGGUAUGCCUCGAGCUGCAGGUGGGAGAACACGCAUGCGCCCUAACUUUGCCAGUGGUGAUCCCUUCUCAACUGGCGGACCGAGAGAAGCGACGCAUGACGUCACAACUGUCGAGCGUGCCCUUCCACUAACUCUAGAAGAAUUAUUCAACGGCGUCACCAAGAAGAUGAAGAUCAAGCGGAAGACCUUCGAUGAGACGGGUAAGAGGACAACCACCGACCAAGUCCUCGAAGUUCCUAUCAAGCCCGGUCUAAAGAAGGGCAGCAAGAUCAAGUUCAAGGGCGUCGGCGACCAAGAGGAGGGUGGAAAGCAAGAUCUACACUUCAUCGUCGAAGAGAAACCACACCCUCUCUUCGUUCGUGAUGGCGACGAUUUAAUUCACACGAUUGAGUUGGACCUGAAGGAAGCCUUAACUGGCUGGAGACGGACCGUAACGACAAUUGACGGCAAGCAACUCAAUAUUGAGAAGGGCGGUCCCACAAGUCCAGGCUCAUCGGAUACCUACCCCGGGCUCGGCAUGCCCAUCUCGAAGAAGCCAGGCGAGCGGGGUAAUUUCAUCGUUAAGUAUAAUGUGAAAUUCCCUACCAGCUUAACUCCAGAGCAGAAGCAGAAACUUAGGGAAAUACUAUAG